AUGGGCAUCCAGAUCAAGCGCGUUGGGCAUGUGGGGAUUCUGGUUUCCGAUUUUGAACGGUCUUUCGAGUUUUACACCAAGGUGCUGGGAUGCAAGGUGACUUCCCGCCGCCGCCGGCCCGACGGGGCCGAGACAGCCUUCCUGCGGUUUGACGAGACCCACCAUGAUUUCGUCAUCGCCGCUGCUCCCGAAGGCGUGGACGUUUCCGAGAACGUUCCUGGGCGGGCCCGUCUGGUGCAACAGGUGGCCUUUGAAGUGGAAAACCGCGACGAAUUCAUGAAGGCUCUGGCCCACAUCCACACCCACGGCGCAGAGAUUGUCAGCGGCCCGCUGACCCACGGCAUCGAGUCCGGCGGGAACCUGGAAGGCAGCGGCAGCCGCUCCUUCUACUUCCUGGACCCGGACGGCAACCGCCUGGAGAUCUUCUGCGACGGCAUGAAGGUUCCCAACGGGGAGCAGUUCCCCAGGGCAGAAUACGCCGACGCCAUCAAGGACUUUAUGAACAAGAAGGCCGGUAGUCUCUGA